CAGAAAAUGAGGUGUGGAGGGAGAGAGAAACACAGAGAGAGAUACAUGAUGGGGAUUGUUGGCUGCACCAGGCAGCAAAGAGUUAACUGAGGUGGAACGCCAAGAGGACAGCCCAUUCCCACAGUCAACAAUGGAAGGAGCUGCAGUAGAUGGGCAGCUCUCCUAGUCUUCCCUCCUCCCUUUACUAACUAAUAUCAUGCUCACACAAAGGAACAUGGCAAAGGUACUCAUCCCUGAGAUACAUGAGGAAUUCCAUACCUAGUCACUGGGACCUGACCUUACCAAUGGUCAUUGUUCACAAGAGAAGCACUACAUGCAGAUGAUUGCAAAAAGAGAAGAGAGUUCGCAUUGGAAGACUACCAGUGGUUAAAGAGAAUCCUUUACUUAACUUCCACAACUGAUUCUAUCUUCACUCUCAGCUGUGCGGGAGAAGCUGGACGUUUUGAUUGAAUAACUUCCCAUUCAACAAUGCCAUGGUUCAUGUGGUACCAUUCAUGAGAAGUAUAGAAGGAUCACCUCCUGCCUAAGCGUUUAGAGAGACGUGUGCAGGCACCAAGGUAAUAGGAGCGGCAAUGGGACACAGCCUCGAGGACCACCACUCUACAUGUUUCGGGGGACGUUUCCCUUCGCUGCACCCUAGAGAGGAUAAGGAGUUGUGAGCAGGGGGUGUCUUGGUGAUUAAAAGUUUUGGUUCAGGUUGAAGGUCAAAAGGAAGUCAUGGUGUCCGUGGGGAGAAUCAGAAUUGUUUUCUGCUGCGUAUUGAUGAAUGUCAGUGCAGUGAUAGACUCUGAUGAUGUCAUCACACGAGACGAGCAGAUUUACCUCCUGAUUGGUCCCCGUGCCAAGUGUGAGAGGAUAAUCCAUUCCCAGCUGGCCAUAGUCAAAGAAGAUGACUGUGUACCGGAGUGGGAUGGGAUUAUCUGCUGGCCCAGAGGGAAGCCUAGUCAGCUGGUCUCGGUUCUAUGUCCAGAAUACAUCUACGACUUCAACCACAGAGGUCAGGCCUAUCGUCAGUGUGAUGCCUCAGGGAACUGGGAGCAGGUGCCUAGCAUCAACCGCACCUGGGCCAACUACACUGAGUGUACCACCUACCUAUUGUCUAGCCAUAGAAGCCAGGAAGAGGAGGUGUUUGAGCGGCUACACUUGAUGUACACCAUUGGCUACUCCAUCUCUCUGGUAUCCCUACUGGUGGCUGUCUCGAUUCUCUGCUACUUCAAGCGUCUCCACUGUACACGGAACUACAUCCACAUUCACCUCUUCACCUCCUUUGUGUUUCGGGCCAUCAGUAUCUUUGUGAAGGAUGCUGUCCUCUAUGCCAUGUCUGACGACGGAAAGACUGAAGCAGAGGAAUUGGCAGAGAGACCCCAUAUGGUGGGCUGUAAGGUGGCCGUUACUCUCUUCCUGUAUUUCCUGGCGACCAAUCACUACUGGAUCCUGGUGGAGGGGCUGUACCUGCACAGCCUCAUCUUCAUGGCCUUCCUCUCAGACAAGAACUACCUGUGGGCGCUCACCAUCAUCGGCUGGGGUGUCCCUGCAGUGUUUGUGUCUAUUUGGGUCAGUGCGCGAGCAUCACUGGCAGACACUCAGUGCUGGGACAUCAGUGCGGGAAAUCUGAAGUGGAUCUAUCAAGUCCCAAUUCUUGCAGCCAUUGUAGUGAACUUCUUCCUGUUCCUCAACAUCAUACGAGUGUUGGCCUCUAAGCUGUGGGAGACCAACACAGGCAAACUGGACCCCCGUCAGCAGUACAGGAAGCUGUUGAAAUCCACCCUUGUCCUGAUGCCCUUGUUUGGAGUGCACUAUAUGGUGUUUAUGGCUCUACCCUACACUGAGGUUACGGGCCUGUUGUGGCAGGUGCAGAUGCACUACGAGAUGUUCUUCAACUCUUCCCAGGGAUUCUUUGUGGCAUUCAUCUACUGUUUCUGCAAUGGGGAGGUGCAGGCGGAGGUAAAGAAGGCAUGGCUACGGCGGAGCCUGGCCUUGGACCUCAAACAGAAGACCCGGGUGACCAGCAGUGGGGGCGGGGGCAGCUGCUACUAUGGCGGCAUGAUGUCACACACCACCACCCACAGCGUGAGUCUGACUGUGGCCAAUCCCAGAGGAAUGUCCCUGAAUGGGGCAGGGGCCCCCGGGAUGGGAGGAGCUGGGGGAAGCAAUGGGGGAGGGGGAAGCAGGCAGCCACGCCUCACCUCCUCCUUCCACCCCCUCACCAACCUGCCAGGUUACGUGCCCAGCAACACGGAGACCCCCAGGCAGAAACUUGUUAUUUGGAGGCCUGGGGUGGGGGCUGAGGCCGGUGUUAGUGCCUUUCCCAGGAACCCCAGGGCUGCUAGCGAGGGGAUCCAAGGGGGUGGUGGUGGAGCCAAGACAGAGCCUGCAGUCUCUGUGCCCCAGCGGUUGGGAGACGAGGACCCCUGCUGCUCUUUGUCUCUAAAGGAACUAGAGACCAUCUUGUGAACUGGAACUGUCAGAUCUAUGGCUUCUAACAGUGAGAGCAGCACUGUAUCAGAUGGCUUCACUUAUCCAGAUUCCUGCCAUGGAUCCAUAUCAAAGCUCCAUUCAAGUGAUCUCCAAUGACCUAUUUGAAUCUCCCCUGAAUCCCUCGUUUGACUGAUGUCUGAAGACUUAGCUAAGUACAUUUAGUUGGGGUUAAAGAAUCAUUGUGUGUAAACUGGUCUGAUGACACGAUUAUCAGUAGAACAUUGAUCCAAGGAUCAUGAAGAAAAAACAUGUACUUGUAGCAUGAUUGGCGAUUUAAUUUAUCAGUGGUUGUAAUAAAGAACCCAAUGACUAGUGAGUUGCUGCACCCAUGUGGAGUCCUGCAUGCCUUUCUACACGUGCCAUAUUUGUUUGACAGACUAUUGUUUUUCCUUUUAUAUUUGCCUGUCUGUCUGCUUGUCUGCUUUCUCUGAUCUCUUCUCUGUCUGCCUAACAAUUCAUGCACUAUUCGUCUAUUGUAGUGAGAUGUCAUUUUUUAUCUGAGAAAAACAUGGAAAUGAAGCUUUUACAGCAAUGAAUAAGCAGCAGUAGGAUGCAUUUGAAGACAUCCUUACCUGGGGCCCAUCGCCCAAUGAGCAAAACUGGUGCAUUUAAAAUCCCAAUACACUUUACCAUAAAACAAUAAUAGAUUAAUAAAAUAACAAAAACACAUGUCUAAAACAGUAAAAUAUCAGCUCAGGAUUUACCUUCAGUACAGAUUUACCUUCUUUACAGAUGUAAAGAAAUUGUUAUUUUGGAUAGUGAUAGCACACUUGCUAUGUACAAUGCAUUCGGAAAGUAUUCAGACCCCUUCACUUUUUCCACAUUUUGUUACGUUACAGCCUUAUUCUGAAAUGUAUUAAAUUGUUUUUAUUUAUUUAUCAAUCUACACACAAUACCCGAUAA